UUAUUUUCCAUUGAAAACUCUUGUGCUUCCAAAUUUUCACAACUCAUUGGUGUUUGUUUUGUUCAAAAACUGAUGGAAAACAUGGAUUUUUAUGCCAUGAAGAGGAAGAAACUGCAGUCUCUGUGCAAGAAACAUGGCAUCCCUGCUAAUUUGAAGAAUGUAGUGAUGGCGGAGAAGCUUUCCUUGAUUUUUAAGGGAAAAGAAAAUUCUGGGUUAGGUUCUGAUAAUGCUGGAACACCAAAAGGUGGAACCUUUGGUGGUGUUAGUGGUAAAGACAUUCAAAAUGUGAUAAUUUUGGACUCAGGCUCCAGCAUUGAUACUAGUAAUAUUAAAAUGGUUGCUUCAGACAUUGUUGCUGCUGGGGAUGUAGUAGGUUCAGGGGAAGAAAUGUUUGUUUCGUCGGGGAAGAUUAGUCCAGGACCAGAUUUAGGGCAGAAAAGUUUAGAAGAGAUUGGAAGGUUUGAAGAGUCUGAAACGAUUCUGUUUCAAGAAAGAGUUAUUGAAAAUGGACUCAGUAAGGAGGAGCAAGUUGUUGAUAGUACUACUCAGGAAUAUUUGCAUUCAGAACCUGAUGUCGUUGUCAUGGAUGAUGCUGAAAAACAAGCUGAUGCUGCUUACAGUCAUCAAGGAUUGAAUAUUUUACAAGUUCACAAUACGGAUGGCAGUGCUUGUGUUGAUGAUGCUCUCAACAGUGGUAGAAAUGAAAGAUCUGAAUCUGAUGCCACGUGUUUUGAUACUUCCGUAGGUGUCGAGGAUACUGGUGGAUUCUUUUAUGUGGAGGAAAACAUGCAAACAUGUGCCAAUAAGGAGCAAGGUGACAUUAUGGAAUUGCAUCCUGCAGCACCAAGUGUUGCUUUAGAGGAAUAUGGUGACGGUUUGAUGGAGGAAAUAGUUGAGAAGAUGGGUGAAAAAACUGAUGUGAAUGAAGAUGUUAAUGGAACUAGAGAGGUUGCAGCUGAAGCUGAAAAUCAGGAUCUUGAUACUAGUUAUAUUCAAAUGGUUACUUCAGACAUUGUUGCUGCUGGGGAUGUAGUAGAUUCAGGGGAAGAAAUGUUUGUUUCGUCGGGGACGAUUAAUCCAGGACCAGAUUUAGGGCAGAAAAAUUUAGAGAUUGGAAGCCUUGAAGAGUCUGAUGACAUUAUGAAAUUGCAUCCUGCAGCAUCAAGUGUUGCUUUAGAGGAAUAUGGGGACUGUUUGAUGGAGGAAAUAGUUGAGAAGCUGGAUGAAAAAACUGAUGUGAAUGAAGAUGUUAAUGGAACUAGAAAGGUUGCAGCUGAAGCUGAAAAGCAGGAUCUGAUCAACAUCAGUCAAGAAUCAAACAAUAUAUGUGAAUCUGUUAUAGGCACUGCAGUCAGAACUGAAGAUACAUGUGAAGCAAAGUUUGUAUCUUCACAGAAGUUAAUUAUAAGCCCAGCUGAAGUGAAGAUGAUUGAGUUUUCUCCCAAGCAGAUGCAUGAUUUAGAGCCACCAAUAGAAGAUGAUAUUGCAAUGUUUGAUGUGGAGGAAAACAUGCCGGUUGGUGUCAAUACGGAACUAGUGGAUAACAGCCAAGAGGUUUUUCAUGCAGAACCUUGUGCAGUGGUCAUGAACGAAAAGGAUCUUAUCCAGGUUACUCCAGAGGAAUUUGGCAAACAUUUGGAGGAGGGAGAAGUUGAGAAAUUGGGUGAUAAAUUUGAUCUUCUUGAUGAUGUUUGUGGAACCGGAGAGGGUGGAGAUGAAGCUGUAGAACAAGGCCGCAUCAAUAGCCCUCAAGGAUCAAACAUAAAUGAUAUGAAUCUGUUCCAUGUUUCUCCAGAGGAAUCUGAACAAGUUCAUAAAUCAGGUGACAAUAUGCGCAUUAUAGGUGCCAAGAAUACUGAUGGGAACACCAAUGUGACAGCUGACAAAUUUCUAGAGGAAGUUCAUUCAUUUAGUUUAAAAUACUCAGAUGGGACACCAAAUCAAUUUUUGCUGACAAGUCCAUCGAGUGAAGUGAAGUCCUGUGAUCUUAAUGUUCAUAAAAUAGUUGCUUCAGGCACUGCUGCUAGAAAUGCGGAUGUCUGUGAAGCGAAGUCUGUAUCUUCGCAAAAGAUAAGUUCAAGCCAAGAAGAAAGGAUUGAUUCCUCUUCCAUUCUUUUGGACAACUCACAGAUUAAAAGGUUGGAUUCUAAAGAAAAUUUGUCCCCAGAAAAUAGAAAUGAACUUGGACUCUUUCAUGUGGAGGAACAUAUGCAAACAAAUGUCAAUAAGGAGCAAGGUGGAGACAUUAAGGAAUUUCAUCCUGCAGCACCAAGUGUUACUUCAGAGGAAUUUGGAGACUGUUUGGUGGCGGAAAAAGUUGAAAAGUUGGAUAACAAACCUGAUGUUCAUGGAGAUGUUUGUGUGCCUAGAAUGGUUGCAGCUGAAACUGAAAAUCAAGAUCUGCCCUAUAACCCUCAAGGAUCAAACAUAAAUCAUGAGAAUCUUUUACAGGUUUCUCCAGAAAAAUUCAGUGGGAGUUUGCUUGAAGAAGGAGAAGUUCAUAAAAUAGUUGCUUCUGGCACUGCUGCUGGAAAUGCGGAUGCCUGUGAAGCGAAGUUUGUAUCUUCGCAAAAGAUAAGUUCAAGCCAAGAAGAAAGGAUUGAUUCCUCUCCCAUUCUUUUGGACAACCUACAGAUUAAAAGGUUGGAUUCUAAAGAAAAUUUGUCCCCAGAAAAUAGAAAUGAACUUGGACUCUUUCAUGUGGAGGAACAUAUGCAAACAAAUGUCAAUAAGGAGCAAGGUGGAGACAUUACGGAAUUGCAUCCUGCAUCACCAAGUGUUACUUCAGAGGAAUUUGGAGACUGUUUGGCAGAGGAAAAAGUUGAAAAGUUGGAUAACAAAACUCAUGUUCAUGGAGAUGUUUGUGGAACUGGAAUGGGUGCAGCUGAAGCUGAAAAGCAAGAUCUGGCCUAUAUCCCUCAAGGAUCAAACUUAAAUCAUGGGAAUCUUUUACAUUUUACUCCAGAAAAAUCCAGUGGGAGUUUGGUUGAAGAAGAAUUACACAAAUUGGACGACAAUAUUUGUGUUCAUGUUGCUGUCUCCAAUGAUAAAAACAAUAUAUCUGAAGCUGUUACUAUGUGCCUUGAUGCAUUCAUAGGUGCCAAGGAUAAUGUGUCUGUCGAACAAAUUCUAGAGGAGGCUCAUUCAUCUAGUUUACAAGAUUCAGAAGGGACACCAGUUCAGUUUCCGCCAACUUAUCCGGGCACUGCUAUUAGAACUGAAGAUACUUGUGAAUCAAAGCUUGUAUCUUCACAGAAGAUGAUCAAAAGCCCAGCUUCAGGGAAAAUGAUUGGUUUUUGUCCCAAGCAGAUACAUAAUUUAGAGACACCAAUAGAAGAUGAUAUUGCAAUGCUUGAUUUGGAGGAAAACAUGGCAGUUGGUGUCAAUAAGGAUCUAGUGGAUAACUGCCAAGAGGUUUUGCAUGCAGAACCUAGUGUAGUGGUCAUGAAUGAAAAGGAUCUUGUCCAGGUUACUCCAGAAGAAUUUGGGAAACAUUUGGAGGAGGGAGAAAUUGAGGAAUUGAAUGAUAAUAUUGAUCUUCUUGAUGCUGUUUGUGGAACUGGGCAGGGUGGAGACGAAGCUGUAGAACAAGGUUGCGUCAAUGGCCCUCAAGGAUCAAACAUAAAUGCUAUGAAUCUGUUCCAUGUUUCUCCAGAGGAAUCUGGUCACCCUUUGGUAGAGCAAGUUCAGAAAUCAGAUGACAAUGAUGUUCAUGGUGGUUUCUACAAUCUUGGAAACACUCAAUCUGAAGUGGAUAUAUUGCGCCUCCUUGAUGCAACCUUUGCUACUAUUGAUACUGAUGGGAAGACCAAUGUGACUGCAGAACGUUUUCCAGAUGAGGUACAUUCAGAUGGCACAACAGAUCAAUUUUUGAAAACUCAUCCACAAGGUGAAGUGAUGUCUAAUGAUCUCAAUAUUCAUCAAAUGGUUAGUUCAGAUACUUGUGAAGAAAUGAUGAAAUCGUCACAAAUGAAAGCUAUAAUUGCAGAUCUAGAGGAAUGCGUUUGGUUUUCUCCUAAUAAUGUUGAAGCUUCAGCUACUAAAGGCUUUGAGGCUGAAACACAUUUUGAGCCAAGUACACUUGGAGGUGUUGUGGGAGCUUGUAACAUGGAAGAAAGCAUGCAGAGUGACAACAUGGAGAAAGAAAGUUGUCAAAAGGAAUGCAGUUUGGUUCAGGGAGAAUUUACCAGGAUGUUUGACAACUCUGAUGUUCAUGAUGAUAAUGGUGGAACUGGAAAAGAGGAAUGUCAACCUUAUACGCUUAGUCGAAAAAGGAAAAGGAGUGACAUGAAUUCGAAUGAGUCUCAACCUGUUGAUAAUGCUAGUGGUCAAAAUUCAAAUGAGAAACCUGAUGAGUUUGUUCCAACUAAGUCCCAACCUGGUGAAAUGAAGUUACACACUUCUAACACUCAUCAAUCUUUUGCUUCAGACACUGCUUCUGGAGAUGAAGUUACUUAUCAAGAGAAGAUGGAAUCACCACCAAAGGUUACACCAAUUGCGAGGUCAGCAGAAAGAACCUUUUUUUCUCCUAAGCUCCUUGAAUCAUCAAUGAUGAAUAAAGAAAACAUUAACAUAGACAAGAAAGAGGAAGUUGGCACGAUCACAUCAAAAAACAAAUUUCUGAAGAGGCAACCUCUACAGGAUCUUCAACAGAACUGAACUCUCUACUGAGCCUGAAGUGUUUGUAUCUGUUUGCAAUUUGGUAAAUGAACCUGUAGUGUUUAUUUGAUGAUUACUUUUAUAAACAGAUAUAUUAACAUGCUUUGCAGUAUUCAUGUUUAAGAGACAUGAUAUUUUGUGAUAACUAUUAGUGUUAACCGUGCUUUUUAAAUGCUUGAUUGCCUUUUAUUUGCGCAAGAAU